GGGCGUGCGGCAGGUGCGCGCGCGACGGCAUGCGCGGCUGACGGCCAUGGAGCGCCGCCGCCGGCCCAGCGAGCCCAUGGCCAAGGCGGUUCGCCGCCGUGACAAGCCGCGUGAGCGCUGGCUGCUCACGCGUAAGACAUGGAAGUAUAUGUCGGACGCGGGCCGCCGGCUCGUCCCCGACGGCGCACAGAAUCGGCUCGAGGACUUACCGCGCAUCGAGGCCUGUUUCCAGGAGGUGUGCGCGCGCGAGCCGCGCUUCCUGCUCUGGCGCAAGAGCUCCUACCCGAGCGCCUUACCGCGCCCGCGCCGCAAGAAGCGCGCUCGCGGCGGCUCCGUGCGAGCCCGCUCGCCACCCGACGAUGCUCCGCCGCGGCCCACCGAGCUGCUCAUCGGGCACACCUCGGGCGGUCGCUUCGACCUCGCCAAGUUGCGGCGCGACUUCUUUGCGGCGCCUCCGCCCCCGCCCGCCGCUUCGGCGUUCUCGCCCUCGGGCAAGGCGGUGACGGACGAUGACGAGAGCGUUUUAGUCGAUUUAUUGAGAAAGUACCUGAAAGUAGAGGACGAAAAGGCGGCACCGAAGCUAUCGGAGGCUGAGGAGUUAGUGUUAGCAAUUAGAAAGUAUCUGACGCGGCAGGCGGCGCGCGGGCCGGCCGAUGCCGACGCGGACCCAACGCGCCGGUCGCUGCUGGACACGCUCGGCAAGUAUUACACGCGGACGCCGACCGGGGACAAUGCAGUGCAGGACUUGUUGACCGAUAAAAAUUUGUUAAAGAGACUUUACCAGGAUUUGCGUAAAACUAAGCCAUACCGUGGCGGCCGGAGCGGAGGCAUCGGCGGGGCGGGUGGUUUCGGCCCAAGCGGGUUCGGACCCGGCAGUUUUACCGGUUUAGCGAGUGCGCGCAGUACGCUUCGUAGUCGGAUCGCCGGUGGGGCGCGCAUUUACGAUGGCGAGGAUGGGCUCCGCUCGCCGCCUAUGUCGCCACCUCCCCUCAUCGAAGUCAUAUCAGAAUCGUUGGAGGACAAGUAUUGCGACCGGGCAACGCAGACGCCCCCCAUCCCGGAGGAGGUGUUGUGCGAGCUGGAGGCUGCGUACCGAGAGCGGCUGGAGGCGGCCACGGCACCCACGAGCCCCACGAGCCCGCCACCUGAGCGAAAGCCAGCACGCCGCCGCUCCAGCGUCGACCACGACGACGUCUCACAGUCCGUCAGCGACACUAUCAAACGGUACCUAAGGAUGGCGCGCAAAAAGAGUGUCGACUCGGAGAAGGUCGACCGCUUUAAGAGAAUAAACUACGACAAGAACCUGCGCAACAUCAAGCCGCGGGUGCCGGGCGAGGUGGAUGACGACGGUCCGCACAAGGGUUGCCAGACGGAGGAGCGUUGGGUGCUGACUUACCGGGAGCUGCAGUUCGAUUCGGCGGCGUCGACGCCGACGUCCCCUCCGUCCCCAACGCAGUCGCCCUCGUUGCUGUCGAGCCUGCUGGGACGCGGUGUGACGAGCAAUGUGCCCGCAGGCGGCAUGCAGAAGUCCCGGUCCUCGGGCAGCGUGGUGCAGAGCGUCAGCAAGCGGCUGUGGCGGCCGCGCUCGCGCUCUUCCAGCCGUGCCGCCGCCGCCUGGGCACCUCAGUUUCAGGGCAGCUGUUGCUGGACAGACGGCAGCGGGCGAUGCGUGCGGCUUGCGGACACGUCGCUACUCGCGCUCAGCGAGGUGGAGCGGCGCGCGCUACAGCAGGCAGCGCUCGCCCGCCUGCAGCAGAUCAACCUUGGCACCACUAUCAAGAUACCUGAAGAGAAUUCAUCUGCGGCGGUGGCGACGAAGCCGAAGAGACGAGCGUACCUUCUGAAGCGGAAGGCGCUGACGACUGGCUUCUUCGACCAGAGCAGAGCCAAAGAUGGGGACAAGGAUAAAGAGUCCCCGGGCAGCGUGUUUGGAGUACCACUGGCGCAGUGCGUGGAGAUGGAGCGGGCGCUCCGUCGGCAGCAGCACGGCGGCUCGCGCGCUUCACUCGCCUCGCUUGGCGCACUCGACAAGGGGGAUGAUAGUGAAUCCUGUGACUCGGGUGAGUGGUGGGCAGGACUGGAAGAGUCUGGCGGGCCGCGGGUGCCGGGUCUUGUCACCGCCUGCCUAGCACACCUACGCCGGCACGGUCUUCGCACGCUCGGCCUCUUCAGGGUAUCAGCAUCCAAGAAGAGAGUAAGACAGUUACGCGAGGACUGGGAGCGCGCGCAGGAGGCGGCGCUGGACUCUGCGGUUUGCCCACACGACGUGGCUACGUUGCUAAAGGAGUUCCUGAGAGACCUGCCCGACCCGCUACUCUGCAGAGAUCUGUAUCCCGCGUUUUUACAGACACAAAAAAUCCGUAACCGCCGUCUACAAUGGGAGGCGCUGCGGCUGAUCGUGCAGCUGUUGCCGGCGGCGCAUCGCGACACGCUGAGCGCGCUGCUCGGCUUCCUGGCGCAGCUCGCCGCGCACGCCGCGGACGACGCGCAGCCCGGCAACAAGAUGGACGCCGCCAACAUAGCCACCAUCUUCGCGCCCAACAUCCUGCAUCGGAAUAAGCCCAAUGAGGCUGCCAGCGCGGAACAAUUAUCGGAGCGUGCAGACGUGAUAAACGUGGUCCGGCAGCUGGUGGAGCGGCAGUCGGAGCUAUGGGCGCUGCCGGCGGAGCUGCUGCACGAGGCCUACAUACACCUCGCCCACUCUGCACCCGCCGUGCUCGACUCCCUGCUGCUGCGACGAGCAGAGUGCGCGGAGGCGGCGGCAGUUGCGGGUGUGGGUGGUGGCGGGGAGUGCGGGGAGGGCGGGGAGGGCCGGCGCAUGUGGUCGCGCGAGCAGUUCCUGCACGGAGCUGCCGCCACCGCCGCGCCGCCGCCCGCACUGCUGCACGGGGAGAAGUCGUAUUCCCGGAGUAGAAGAUCGAGGGAUGCGGCGUCCGAGACCUCAUCGGGCUCCUUGUCGUCAGCUAUGACCAUAAUUACAAGGGUAAGAAGCAGCGAGGAGUGCGUGAGCAGCGGCGUGGCGAGCAGCAGCGGCGCGCCGCGUACUGACUCGGCGCCGGACUCCAACGACUCCGCCAGCGACUACAAUGAGACUGGCGGCGGCGCGUCGGAGGACGAGUGUGUGAUCACUGCGUCGUUGCACAUCCCGGUGGCGCAGGCGCGGCGGCGCUCCGCCUCGGGCUCCUCCUCCUCCGCCAAGAGGGACUCCGCGGUGGGUUCCUCGCCCUCCGCCAGCGUGUCCGGCGCCUCCUCCCCGCCCGCCUCGCCGCCGCCCCUCGCGCCCCCCGCACCCCACGCGCGGUCAGACAUCGACCGCCUCGGUGCGCUCGCACGUGAACGGAACACGUCAGACGCGCGAGCGGUGGUGUUGAGGCAGCACGACGAGUCUGCGAGCCGCCGAGUGCGGCGCGAGGUGACGGUGCGGAGAGAGGAGCGGGCAGAGGAGAAGACGGAGCACAGAAGAGAUGAACGGGCAGAGGAGAGGACGGAGAGCAGGAGAGAGGAGCGGCGGGAGACGACGCUGUACAAGAGAGGGGAGCUCAUCUCGAGCGCGCAGUCGCCGCCCGCGUGACACGUCCGACUCUUUUUAUACAUAAACGUAUAUUUAUAUGA